AUGACCGCUGUCUCUUCCUCCAACAACUUCCAGCCCAUGUGGGACUCGCCUUCCUCCGGCUCUCACAACACUCUUCGCACCGUCGCUUUCUCGGUUGCGGAGGCGGCCCUGAGCUCUGGCCCCAGCUCGCCGUCCAAGGUUAGCACCUCCAUGGUCGACCUCAUGGACGCUCCCGCCCUCGAGUCGCACCCCGACCUGUGGAACGCGUCCACGAUUGGCACCUGGCCCCGCCACAAGCCAAGGCGCACCGGCAGCUUCACUGGACGUCCUCUGUGGCAGCUGGCCGAGCACGCCAAGGAGCGCCGUGAGCUUGAGAGCUCCGUCACCUCCAUUCCGGACAUGUCCGAAUAUGUGUUUGGGCAGGAGGUCACGCUCACCACCAAGUCGGCUGAUCCCUCGCCCGAGGCCGCUUUCUUUAGCAUGGAGCAGCUCCACCGUGCCCUUCCCCGUCUUUCGGGACGCGACUUUGCCGUUGAGGCGGAGAAGCACGCAGCUACCGUGGUCCACGCCCGCACCCAGUCCGACGCUAUUCGGGCUGAGCAGGCCGCAUUCGUGUACCAGCCCAACGGUCGUCUUCCGAGCCUUGCCCAGAUUCAGGCCAAGAUGAACCGCAUGAGCACACGUCGCAGUGACUCGAUCGACUCGCAGGACUCUGAGGGCCCGCAGACGCCGACGGAGGAGAUGACGUCGUUUGACUUUGUUGCUCCUCGUCGUCCAAUGACCCCCGAUAGCCCCUCUUCGCGUCUUGCGCCUUUCCUCCGCGAGCGUACCAAUGGCCGCCUGGCUCGUCCUCGCUCCAUGCCUCCCGUUUACGGAUACAUGGGGGCCCUCGACGAGCUUCCGUCCCUGCCAUCCUCGCGCAUUUCGCGUCAAUCUUCUCUUCCUCCGACUCCGCAGUCGAUGCAGCGUACCUGUCGCCAGGCCUCUCUCCCUCCUACGUACGGUACGCCAACCCGUUCGCCUAACCGUGGCAGUGGCGUUACCCUCGUUGUCACUCCCCCCUCGCAUUCGCAGCUGCGCUACUCGCCAAUGUCGCCCACCGAGUCGGUCGUGUCUGUCGCCUCCGCCGCGUCAUCUGUGCCCUCGCUUCCCAUCAUCACUUGCACGCCUGCCGCUGAGCAGGACUCGGACGAGGAGUCUGAGGCCGAUGUGAUUGUGUUCAGCGGUGAGCCCGACUCGGAUGACGAGGAGGAAGACGAAGAGGACCGUCGUAUGCGCGAGCUGGCCGGUCUGGAGAUGCGUAGUCGCCUCCUCCGUCGCUCGACCUGA